CCUUGAUCCUAAGAGGUAUUGUUGUGUCGCAUAAAGCUGCCGGUACCGAACGGCUAUUGGUCAGUUGGCCCUCAUGCACCAACUGGUAGACAUCCAUAAAGUGCGCAGCGUGGCGCGUGCCCUCGAGAUCGCGCGACAAUUUGAGAUACUUCGUGGCUACGUCCAGGAGGCUAGUUGAAUUCUGCUGAUUCUGCUGGACCAUAGUCAGUGCGAGAUCAAGCACGCAUAACGUUAGGAUCUCACGAGCUCCGGUCGCGUCAGAGCACAGCAAACGCGCAUUAGACUCUUGAGAGGCCAGGAAAGUCUCCAGUUGAUUCGCGAUGCGGGAACUCUGGUAGCCGCCCUGGGCUGCUCGUCGAACAUUCUGCAAUUUUACCCAAUUUUAUGACUUUUUCUUCUUUUUUUCUAUGAAAUACUUCAUUUGAAUUAGAAUAAUUUUAGCAGUCAAGUUACCUCCAAGAUUUGAAGUUCUUUGCUAUUUUUAGCGGAAUCUACGGUAUCCAAACUGUUCAUUUGUUUCUUCAUAUCAUUUCGAAAAUUUUGCAUGGCCUUUGACAGGCGAACUUGACCGUCCAACGACGUGUUUUUCAUAUUAAACAUCUGCAAAGAAGUUGAUAGUAUUGAUACUAAAAUUGUAGCGAUGACUUGCAACUCAGCGAGGAAAAUCAGUUUAUCUUUACUCAUAAUGCUAUGGGUUAUAAAUUUGGUAGAUUGUUCAAUAUCAUCUCAAAAGGUGGAUUUGCAAGAUACUCGAACGUUUGUUAUUUCUUCUGACAAUGAAGAUUAUGAUGCAGAUGAGAGUGAAAUGAUUCAACCGAAAGACAUUGACCACAUUGAAUCUCUUGUUGAAGAUAAAGAAAAGUACACACCUUUGCAUUCUUAUGUGAUACGAUACAACCGAAUAAUUUCCCCAGCUACAAGUAAACCUCUGAGAGAGCAGAUUUAAACAUGUUCAUGCAAAAUAAUUUUCAUACAAGAAAACUGCAAUUAACGUUUGAUUUCAAACGGCUAAGACGUAAAAACUUUAAACGGGAAAAAGAUGAGAGCAAUGACGAUUAUGAGGAAAAGGAAGAUGAAUCAACAACAGACAAUUUCUCUGGCGACUUCGAAAACGUACAAGAACUUGAAAUCAUCCAUACGCCUUCAACUACCGAAGAGUCUACUUCUAAUGAAACAUUUUCUUCAAAUACAGAUAUCGAAAGUGAGUCGGAAAAUGGAAUAUUUGAAAAUUUAAUUUCAAGUGAUACAUCUAUAUCAGUUCCGACGACAACAAAUGCAUAUUCUGAGAAAGCUCCUAUUAUACAAAAUACCCAACGAUCGACGACAGAUAAUCAAGAGAUGACAAAGUCAAAAGAUAAAAAUGGACACACAGCCGAUUACCAGGCAUCUACUUUAGACAUUGAUGAUGUAUUAACGAGAUUAUCUACAGAGUUCUACUCCAAUACGGCCAGCGCCGCUACAGCUUCUGACAACGAGCCUAAAGCAACUUUUACAACCAAUAAAAAUGCUGAAGAAAACACCACGAUAUCUAGUAAUCAAUCUACAGAAAAUAUCUUAGCAAGAUCUCGUAUGACUACCGAAACAAGCACGCGAACUUAUGAUGGCGAAUCAACAGGAUCUUUUUCGAGAAACUUAACAAUCAAUACAGAAGCAAUGAAAAUAUUUACUAGUGAACCAUUCAAUUUUACAACAAAGAAGAAAGAUCAUAAUGAUUCACGAGAAAAGCUUACGCAAAACACAACGGUAACGUCUAUGGAACCGACUACGACAAAUGAAACCAAAAAAUCUUUGGAAUAUGAAAAGAUAUUUCCAGAGUACAGCUCCGAAAUCGAAGAGAUAAAAGCCAACAAUUUCACAUACAACUUCACCGACGAUGAAAUAGAGAAAACCUUAAAAAAUUUAGCAAAGAAAACGUUCGACUUCAAAAAACCGCGAAACUGUUCUGCGUUCGAAAGCUCAAAGUAUGGGAUUCAAGCAAUUGAAUGUGCAAUAUCUGAUCUUCAACAUGUUAAAAAUCGCAAUGAAGCUAAAAAGGUGCUCGCGAAAGUAUGGAAAAUCACAAAAGUUUGGCUAUGCAUUUAUGUGAUUAUUGCUAUCCCUUGCUGGUGCCAAAAAGGUUGGUGCUGUUGCUGUUUUCGCUGUAAAUUCUGCUUUCCAAGAAAAAUCAUCAUGAUUGAGAAAAAGUACUUUUCCGAAAAUCCACCAGGUAUUCUUGUAGAGUCAACCACCAAUGACAAACAAAAGUCUGCUGCACAGACCAUAAAAUACGAGCCAACAAUAUUCGAACAAGAUGCUUACGAAAAAUUUGAAAGUGCUAUUAAAAACCUUUGAUUCAAGACUUACCUCUAUGACUUGUUGGGCUCUUGCGUAGUCGCCUUUCCACAAACAUUGAAGUACCAAGCUCUCUUUGGAUGCCAGCAUUAAAUUAAUAAUGAAUUUGGAAUUAGAAUUUUUCAUGGUCAUUCCGUCAACUACAGUUAACGAGACGUGCGCUCGGCUCCUUUUCAAGCGUUUGUUGUUGGCGUCAGUUGAACCAGUCUCUGAGGAUCCGUCCACAUCAGAUUUUAAAUCUCGAUCGCCUUCUUCUGACGAGCUGUCAGUCUGCUGGGUGUAAAAGAUAGAUUUACUCUUCAGACGAAAUGAAAAGGUCAAUUUCUCAUCUAUGACAUUUUCCGCAUCACUCGAGACGACAAUUGAAUUCUCAACUGCGUCGUCCUUACUUUCGACGAAUUCUGGACUUGUUAAUAACUCUAAUCGCCAGAAGGCAUCGGACAAAGCGCUAUCCAUGGCAAAAAUACUUAUCUGUAGAGUCUCCAAAUCGUUGGUGCUACCAGUUUCUCUUCUCAACUUAGCAAAAUCAAUGCCUACCUGGAUUACACACUUUUUUAAGUGGCGGAUCAAACUUCUGACUGAGUACUUGUUACAUACAAAGCCAUAGCGCUUUUGCGUGUCAGAUUCCUUGCUCUCAUAAGCCGAGCUAUGCUUUUCUUUCUCUGACAAAGCAGUAUUGUAAUCUUCUUCCUCCGAUGUAUUUUCUGUAACGUUAAAGUGCGAGUCAUGACGAAGGAACAGCAUAGAGAAGACGUUUUGGAUGACUUCAAUUCGCAAGGCUAGAGGAUUUAUGCCAUUUAAUAGAAAUUCCAUUUCAGUGAAAUGUAUUGUGGCUGCAUUCUUUCCUCGCGUAUUGUGCAGCUCGUAUGUCAAUAUAGCUUCUAAAGCUGACUGCAUUGCUCGAUAUGAUCUGAAGAUUGUAGAGGCUUCGUUGCGGUUUUUCAGUAAAUCUUCUAUCUCGUUGUAGUCACAUUCGUGAAUGUUGAUGCUUCUCUUGAGCACCGUAAGAAUGCAGUAGUCUUGCAAUCCAUGGAGUAUGCGUUUGACAGACAGAUUCUGGUCUAUGGCAUUGGUAACAUAUUUCUUUCUAUACUCUAAGAUCCAUUUGACUACAUUUAGAUGAUUGUUUAAAGACGCAUUGAGAUUGACGAGAAUCGGCUCAUUAUACUCGUACUGAGUAUAACUGCACUUAUUGAGUAGAAAUUUCAGUGACUCACAAAUGCUUAAACUCUUUUGCCAUGUUUCUGCUUCGGCAGUGAUUUGUAUUUGGGAUAAAUUGUGCAGAAAAUUAAGCAAAAGUGAGGGCCAAAGAUUUCUUAGUAAAGGGCAGGAUAAUAUUCUGGAAGUCUUAUCGUAAUCUCCAUUCUCUACCAACACUGAACACAUGUCCUAUAAGAAAAACCAUAUUAUUACAUAUGUCUGAAUGAUAUCAAUUUAUUAAUAUUUAUUUCAUUAUAAAAAAAUCUUACCAAGAUAUCUAAUAACCAGUGAACUCCUCGUUUUGCUACUCGUAAUGUAAGUUCUUUAACAUGCAGUUGAGGCUCAUUCAAAUUAUUGCCAUUUGUGGAAAAUAUCACAUUGCUAAUUUUUUGAGCACUCUCCACACUAGCUAUAGGUACUAUUCUAUCAUUUUGAUCAUCUAGAAACUUGUGCCAUUCUUGUAAGAACUUUGUAUUUUUUCUAGAGUAUAAUGCCAGUUCUAUGUGAUCAGGGUCACAGGUAUUAAAUAAGUGAGGAUAAAGCCAACUUAAUAGUUGAUCUUCCUUGGUCUCUAUUAAAUUUAAUUUUGAUAACAUACAUAAAAGUGCACCAUAGUAUUCAUUUAUACUUUUUUUCUCAGUUAUUAAUUUUAAUGCACUUGAGUACAGAUCUUGUAAAACUGAAUCUGAAGGAAAAAAUGAAGUAGGCCAUAUGUGUAAUAAAUCAUUUACAAGCCAACAAGUUAAUGCUGGUCUUGUACAUAGACUUGCUUCUAGAAACUGGGAUGAUUCAAUCGAAAUUUUCUUUGUACAUAGCGUAUCUCCUUGUUUUGCACGCAAGAUCGCUUCAAAUAAUUCCAACAAUUCCUAAAAAGUGAAAAAAUAUAGGUACCGCAUUUAAAAUGUAUAACAUAAUCAAAACAAUAACUUCAAGUAAAUUUAAUAAUAUAGUUCUAUUUAUUAGUUCUUAUUAGUUAAAAAAUCUCAAACCAAUAUUUAAAUUAGAGUGUGUCUCCGCGGCCGAUAUCGCGUACGCGAAAUGUAAUUUAGCGUGCGCGAAAACAUUGUAGCGUGUGCGAAAUCAACUAACAAAUUUUCCGGGAAAAUUUCGCGUGCGCUAAAUCUGUCGCGCACGCUAGAAAAAUCAACCUUUCGCGUACGCUAGAUCUUUCGCGCACGCUAGAUAUAAACUUUUCAGGCACGUUAGUAUUUUUAAGAGCAAUUCUUUCGCGUACGCUAAAGUGCUCCAAAUUUUCUUAUAAGAAGCAAACGGAGUACUUAUACAUAGAGAUGUUUCAUUCAUCCUUCAUAAGUCACUCUUGUUGCUUCUUUUAUAUAUAGGAAAUGUAGAGCACUUUAGCGUACGCGAAAGAAUUGCCUAAACAAGAAAAAUUCUAGCGUAUGCGAAAAUCUCUCGCUCCAUCUCUCAUACAAGUACUCCGUUCGCUUCUUACAAGAAAAUUUGGAGCACUUUAGCGCACGCGAAAGAAUUGCUAAAAAAAAAAA